CAUUAUAGCCUUGUUUGAAGUCACUUUACGGUCGUCAAGUCGAGAAGAUAAAAAUAACAAAUAAACUGUUAAUUGUAAAUGUUUUAAUGGACCGACGGCUCAUGUAAAUGUUGGUAAUUAUGCUUGUGUUUUAGCAGGCCUCUAUGCGGCGGCCCCAGUAGAGUUAUGUCUCCGUCAGUGAUGUUAUUGUCUCCUGUCAGACUGCUGUCAGGACCAGUCAGGAAACUCUCCAGAGGCUUUAGUCACAUCAGCUCGUGUCCAGCUGAAGGUGCAGCAGUUUUGUUCAGACAGACGAAGUUUCCUCGGUGUAAUGGGACCAGAAGUCUCUUCUCCGGAGGCGGUGGCGCGUCCGAGGAGCAGCAGACUCUGGAGGACAUCGCUAAGAACAUCCGAGAGCAGACGUUCAAGAAGGUGGUGGUGAUGGCCGGAGCUGGCAUCAGCACUCCCAGCGGCAUCCCAGACUUCAGGUCUCCAGGCAGCGGUCUCUAUGACAACCUGCAGCAGUACAACCUGCCGUAUGCUGAAGCCAUAUUUGAGAUCAACUAUUUCCACCAUAACCCCAAUCCCUUCUUCGCCCUGGCCAAAGAGCUGUAUCCUGGAAACUACCAGCCCAACCUGACUCACUACUUUGUACGUCUGCUUCACCAGAAGAAGCAGCUCCUCCGGAUGUACACGCAGAACAUCGACGGGCUGGAGCGACUGGCAGGGAUUCCUCCGGAGAUGCUGGUGGAGGCCCACGGUACGUUCGCCACCGCCACCUGCACCUCCUGCCUGCGGAAGUAUGACGGCGGGGACCUCCGACCAGCGGUGAUGAGCGGGGAGAUCCCUACAUGUCCCACUUGUAAGGGUGUGGUGAAGCCGGACAUCGUGUUUUUUGGGGAGGAGCUUCCACGGCACUUCCUGAAGUACCUGACAGACUUCCCACUGGCGGACCUGCUGAUCGUCAUGGGGACCUCUCUGGAGGUGGAGCCGUUCGCCAGCUUGGCAGGAGCCGUGCGCGGUUCUGUUCCCCGUCUGCUCAUCAACAGGGACCUGGUGGGGCCGUUCUCCUGGCGCCGCCGGCCGCAUGACGUGGUGCAGCUGGGCGACGUGGUCAGCGGCGUGCAGGCUCUGGUCCACGCCCUCGGCUGGACCCACGAGCUGGACGCUCUCGUGGCGGCCGGCGCUGACAAAACGGUAAAUAAAACGGAAGAGUGACAGGACAUCGCUUCCUCACAGAUGGACCUUUGAAUUUAAACUGCACUUGAUCUCUAAAAAAUGAAGCAGAGUCGAGGAGAUUUCCUGCGUGUGGACUGGGAUCACUGGUCAGUGGACGCUAAAAACUGGUAAAUAACAAACAUCUGCACAGGAAAUACGUUAUGGCUGACUGUUUCUUAAUUAUAUAUCAUUACAUACAGGUGGGUCAUAAAUGACAGGUGCGUUUAAGUUCCUAAUUUCAUGCCUGACACCGCAAUAAUGAAUAGUACAUUUAGCUUCUGGUUUCUACAGAACAGUUUCUGUAUGAAAAAAAAUAAUAAUAAUUGUGAUGGUGGCCUUUGCUGUGUAAUUUCCUUCACCUCUUUUGUUAGUUUAAUAGGAGUGGGGGGAAGGUUUAACACGGUUAAUCCACACGCAGAUAUUUUUUUUUUAAAUAAGUGAGUUGUUCAUCCAGUGAAAACGCUGACUGUGUUCGUGGCGUCCAGCAGAGGGAGCCAGAGAGCAACAGAGCGAUGACUUAAAGUAAAGUUCUGUUCUGUGUGUUUAAUUAGUACAGUAAAGUUUAUCUCCAACUCAGCUGCUCUCUUUCUCUUCUAAAUCAUGUUAAUAUGAGAAAAAUAAAAAGCUCUGCACCAGUGUAAAGUUUGUGAACUGUUUUUUUUGUUCUUUUGGUAGAGAUGAUCAGUUAUUUCUAUUAUUUAAGUUGUGUCUAUUAGCUGCAGGGACAUUUGUUUAGAGGAUAAAUGUUUGUGAUGUUUGAAGAUCAUGUGCUGCUGUACUUAAUUAAACCAGAUUUACUGUCUGACAUUCACUGAUGACUUUUUUGUUUCUUUGGGACACAAAUGAGUUUUU